CUGAAUUCUUCGGUGAGCAAGUGUUUACAAAUAAUGUCCGUAAAUGAGUGUAGGUAUAGGUGAAUUCGAAGUACAGUGUUGGCUACUCGAGAUGUUUAACCUCGAAUAUUUUUUCGGUGUAUUUCGUGAAAAUUUACAGCAAGUACACUUAAAAUCAAGCAAAUUAUGGAAAACAAAGAUAGCACACUUAGAGUAAAAGACGAGCCGAAUGAUACUUGGCUGGAUCGAAACGAUGAUAAUUUCAACUCUGUGAACUCUUACAAAAUCGAAAAUGUUGAAAAUUUGCUGUUUCAUCAAUUAUCGGGAAACCAUAUUAAAGAGACCAUCGCAGUACAGGAAGAAUUAGAUGAAAAAAUAUUGACAGAAUUUGAGUGCAGAAAUGUUAACCCUGAACUAAAGUCUCUAUCGACGACAAUGUGCAAAUCAGAGAAUCAAAGUUGUCCAUCUAUUGUGAAAAUAGAAAAUCAAAUUAAGACUAGUUGCAUAAUCAAGAAAGUAAUGGAAGGUAGCAGUGAUGUAGUUAGGAUCAAGGAAAAGAUAAACGAUUCUUCGAUGAAUACAGCUGGUGGUUAUGUUCUAGAUUCAAUGGACUAUUGCAAAGCUGAAAAUUUUGAAACGUCGCUUCAUGAAUCAUCAGAAAUCUACGUUAAAGAGACAAUUGCAUUACAGGAAGAAUUAGAUGUAAAAAUAUACAUAGAUUUUGAGUGCAGAGAUGUUAAACCUGAACUGAAGUCGUCAUCUACUAACAUCUGUAAAUCUGAGUCUCAACAUUUUCAGUCUAUUACAAAAAUGGAAACCCCAAUUCAGACUAAUGAGAUAAGUAAAAAUGCACUUAGCUACCAGCAAAUCUUGAAAGUGACGACAAACGCAGUACGUGAUAAAAGCAAAGCUUUUGAAUACGAAAGUUGUCACGAAUCAUUAUCCAACGAGAUUAAUCUCAAUAAACAGAAAAAACUAGUACAUAAUAGAAUCAAAUCCUUUGAUUGUGAGACUUGCCACAAAUCAUUUGGAUUCAAGGGCAAUCUCAAUCAACACAUAAAUGUAGUACAUAAUCUUAGCAAACCCUGGGAAUGUGAUAUUUGUCAUAAAUCAUUUGGAUACCAGAAUAAACUCAAACGUCACUUGAAUUCAGUACAUAAUCGGAGCAAACCCUUCGAGUGUGAGGUUUGCCACAAAUCAUUUGGAUUCAAGGGCAAUCUCAAUCAACACAUAAAUGUAAUACACAAUCGUAGCACACCCUUCGAAUGUGAUAUUUGUCACAAAUCAUUUGGAAUCAAGAGCAAUCUCAAUAAACACAUAAAUAUAGUGCAUAACCGUAACAAACCUUUCGAUUGUGAAAUUUGUCAAAAAUCAUUUGGACAAAAAGGCAACCUCAAUCGUCACGUGAAUGCAGUACAUGAUGAGAGAAAACCCUUCGAGUGUGACACUUGUCGCAAAUCCUUUGGCCAUAAGGGUUAUCUCAAUAGACACAUAAAUAUAGUACAUAAUCGGAACAAACCCUUUGAUUGUGAUAUUUGCCAUAAAUUAUUUGGAAAAAAGGUAUCCUCAAUAGGCACAUAAGUGUAGUACAUAAUGGUAGCAAACCCUUCAAAUGUGAUAUUUGUCAUAAAUGAUUUGGACAUAAUGGUAAUCUCAAAAAGCACAUAAAAGCAGUACAUCUUCGGAGGAAAUCCUUUGAAUGUGAUAUUUGCCACAAGUCAUAUGACCGCGAAGAUACUCUGAAAGCUCACAUAAAUACCAUACAUAAUUUUAAAAAAAACUUCGAGUGAACUUCGAAAUUCAUGGUUAUCUGUAGUAAUUAAGUAUUUAUUGUCAAACAGUUUCCUGAAAAAAAAUUUUAUUUUGAUUAUUUUCAUCGUUUCAUUCACGGAUAAUUUAUAUUGGACGGUAGUAAGGAUAUUACGAACUAGGAACCCAAAAGAUCUUGUUUGGGAGUUUUUUGUUGAUGGCAACGUUUCAACAAAAGUUGAUUGUCUUUUUUAGGCUAAUA